AUGGCGAGCCUAUCAUUUCAUACUCACUCCUUACCAGAUGUUCACUCAUGCAACCAUUCCCUCUCUGCAAAACUCACUACUUAUUCAUUAAGGAGGACAAAGUUGCAAAGGGCACAGCUUCCCAUCAGGGCUCUUAACAAUACAUUGGAGGUGGUCUCUUCAUCUGCCAUGACAUUGUAUGAUGUAUUGUCUGUGUCUCAGAGCGUGGAACUGGAUGAAUUGAAGAAAGCUUAUAGAGAGAAGGUUAGGGUUUACCAUCCAGAUGUUUGCCCACCUGGUGAAAGAGAGGAAUCCAGAAAGAUGUUUCUUCAGGUGCAGGAAGCCUAUGAGACUCUCUCUGAUCCAAUGCUCAGGGCUGACUAUGAUUUUAACCUGCAUUUCAAUCCCCAAAUAAUGUUGUUGAAUAAGAGGAAUGGGAGUGUGAGGGAUUUUGCCAAGCAGCAAUGGGCAGAACAACUUCAAAGGCUUAAUAGAGGAAGAAUGCACGUUGAGAGGAACAGCUGGGGAGGAAGAAUGCGCCAUUUCAGAAACCAAACAGUGGCCCAAGUCCCCACUUAA